AUGAGUCAACUUGCUAUCAAAAAGAUUGUCAAACCAAUUGUCUUUUUCGAUGGAGAAUGCAUUCUCUGCAAUCGUGGAGUUCAGUUCAUUAUCAAACGAGAUGCAACAUCUGCUUCCACUGCUAACAAGAUUGAAUUUUGUCGUGUGCAAUCCAUGACCGGAAAAAACUUGUUGGAAAAAUAUGGAAAAACUCAACAAGAAGUUUUGGAUCGUUUCGUAAUUCUUGAUACGAAUGAUAAGAUUUAUUCUGCUUCGACUGCUGCAUUGCGUUUGGCUAAGUAUCUUCCAUUUCCAUAUCCGUUAUUGUAUGGAUUUAUUAUUGUUCCACCAUUUAUUCGAAAUGCCAUUUAUGAUUUUGUGGCUACGAAUAGAUAUGGAUGGUUUGGAAAGUAUGAGACUUGUAUGAUGUAUAGGAAGGAUUUGAUGCAGAGGUUUGUGGAUCAGGAAGAAAUUGAUCAAUCUUCUAAGAAUAAGGGAGCUCCAAGUUUCGAAUAA